CAUGCUGUGCUGUUGACGUCAUCACCGAGCAGUGUUCAAGAAGUGCGCCAUUUUGAAAUCUCUGUGGCCCGGGGGUUUCUUGUUGGGAGGGAUCCCGCCACAAUCGGCUCACAUCCUCUGCCCAGUGUCGCCCUAGGAGCAAACACUGCACCUACAGAAUAUCUCAAGGAGUCAAAGAUUCUUGGUAGAGGACAAUUAUGGCUGGUGGUGGUGACAUACAGUGGUGCUUCUCCCAGGUGAAAGGGACUGUGGAAGAGGACGUUACUGAAGGUGAGGCCCCUCCCCAUCACUACCUGUCAGUGGACCCAGAUGGGGACUCUUGGGAAUACGAAAACGGUACUCGCGAGACUGAGCACAUGUUGCCAGGAAGUGAAGAUGUAGGCUCAGAUUGUGAAGACGGCGACAUUUGCAAUGCCGACAUCAUCUCCACUGUAGAGUUCAACCAGGAUGGCGAGCUGCUGGCCACGGGAGACAAGGGAGGCCGUGUGGUCAUAUUCAAGAGGGAGCCGCCAGAGACGAAGCAGUCCCUGCCCAGACGAGGAGAGUACAACGUGUACAGCACUUUCCAGAGCCAUGAACCAGAGUUCGACUACCUGAAGAGCUUAGAAAUAGAAGAGAAAAUCAACAAAAUAAGAUGGUUACCUCGACAGAAUGCUGCGUAUAGCCUUCUAUCUACUAAUGAUAAAACUGUCAAAUUGUGGAAAAUCACUGAGCGAGACAAGCGCCCAGACGGCUUCAAUCUGAAGGACGAUGAGGGUCGGAUAAAGAAUCCAAAUGACAUCACGGCAUUGCGGGUACCGUUCUUCAAGCCCACGGAGUUGAUAGUAGAAGCCAGCCCCCGCCGGGUGUACGCCAAUGCGCACACAUACCACAUAAACUCCAUAUCUCUAAAUAGUGACCAUGAAACCUUCCUGUCUGGAGACGACCUCAGAAUCAACCUCUGGCAUCUAGAAAUCACAGACCGAAGUUUUACAAAGGCACCAUUAGGUUAUGUGACAUGAGGCAAAGGGCACUGUGCGAUCAACAUUCAAAAAUGUUUGAAGAGCCAGAAGACCCAAGCAACCGUUCCUUCUUCUCAGAGAUUAUAUCAUCCAUUUCCGAUGUGAAAUUCUCCCAUAGUGGCAGAUACCUCAUCUCUAGGGACUAUUUGUCAGUUAAGGUCUGGGAUCUACAAAUGGACUCCAGACCGAUUGAGACGUACCAAGUACAUGAGUAUCUCCGUAGCAAGCUCUGCUCACUGUACGAAAAUGACUGUAUCUUCGACAAGUUUGAGUGUGCUUGGAACGGAACUGAUUCGCAAAUCAUGACAGGCUCCUACAACAACUUCUUCAGAAUGUUCGACCGCAACACAAAACGUGACCUGACGCUGGAGGCGUCGCGGGAAAACACGAAACCAAAGUGCAUCCUGAAGCCGCGCAGGGUGUGCACGGGCGGGAAGCGUAAGAAGGACGAGAUCAGCGUGGACAGUCUAGACUUCAACAAGAAGAUCCUUCACACCGCCUGGCAUCCAACAGAAAACAUCAUUGCCGUAGCCGCCACUAACAACUUGUACAUCUUCCAGGACAAGGACAAAGUGUGACAAUCCAGGAAACCCCGCCUCCCCCACUUCUACCCCAGAUUCCCUGUUCCGUUGUUACCCUGACGUCCUGGUCAGUUACCCACAGUUCCCUGACCACAAAUCUCUCAUAGAACACCAGUGUGAAACAUCUGUUUGCUGCAGAGGAUUUGAAAAUAGCUGCUUUACUUUGUUUGUAUUUUUCCUUUUGUUGGUAAUUAAAGCUGUAAAAUUUGAUCUUUUGUUCUUUCUUUUUGUUAGGUAAAUUGAUGUGAGUGCUGUCAAAUUGUUUACUUCUCACAAGGAAGAAGUGCUGAGGCGGGGGAAAUGGGGAGCUUUGUGGUCAGUGGAGAAUUAUUCAGUCUUUGUUGAAAGGCAAAAUUUUGAUGUAAACCCUGCGGACUGUUCAGGAGUCUUAGUCCACCUCCCCCUAAUUUCUGAGGAAGACAACCUUAGAUUUCUUAGUGUUAGCUUAGGGUAAAGAUGUGUCUUUUGCAAGCCAGAAAAAAAAAAGAUAAAUAUAUUCCCAAUGUUGGAAAAGUUUGUUUCUGGAGACAAAUGUAUGAUGGGGAACAUUGAGGGACUGUGUCAAGACUUUACUAUUAUUCCUGACAGAGAGGAUUCCCAUAGAUCCCUUUUACUGUUUGUACAUGAUCCCUAGGAUGACAACCACACCUCAGGAACUAAACAAAGUCUUGACAAAUAGGCACACUGCCUUUUUGGAGCCUUACAUGUUUUACAUACAAGCCUGUUAGGAGAAAAUUGGUCAGGUUUUGUGACAAUCCCUCAGUAUUUUCAUUCCCAGGUGGAUAUUAUGAUACAGGAUGCUGUGUGUCCCUGCACUGGAUGGACCUGCAUGUUACCAUGUUGGAAGUAUUAACAUGGAGUAGACAAUAAAACACUGGCUGUCCAGUUUAUGAACUAGAGAUGCUACCAAUGGAAUAGAAACAAGAAAAUUUGGGAUAAAAGAAUAUUGUCAUGUUUAAAAAGUUCUUGUUAAACAAGAAAGGAAAACAGAUAUUAUCUGUUUUGUGCCCUGACUAAGUUUGAAGUAGUUCCUAUUAGAACCUGUAAGAAAGAUUCUUCCAGUUAUGAAGGGCCCUAAUUUUGAUGUGUUGUUUUGGAAGAAAGUGUCUCAAUGACAAUAAUGAGUGGAUGCAUGGUGCGUGAUGCAGAAAAAGGAUAAGAGGACUUGGAAGUUGAGGCCACAUGAUUUAUGGAUGAAGUCAGUACAUUUUCCUCAUUCAUGGGCUGUAUGUUAAGUAUAUUGUGGCAUACCAGUCCACUCUCUCAUGUAAUGAAAUGAAGCAGGCCAUUUGGUGCAACCCUGCACAAUUGUUCUUGUACCAUUAUCCACAUGCAUGGCAAGACAUAUCUGACUUGGUUUCUGACUCAGUAGAUCUUGCAAUUAAAAUUGUACAUAUAGAGAUCGCAGCAGCAGCAACAACAACUACAAAAAAA